AUGAAGGUCGUCUUUACGUCACUCGCCCUCGUCGUUCUUUUCUCUUCCGUUCUCUCCCUUCCAUCAGAGCGGCGUGACGAUGGUAGCACGCUGACAGAGACCCAAGCUUUAAAUUUUGCCCUCUCCCUCGAACACUUCCAGUACUACUUUUAUCAACAACUGCACCAGUACGAACCACAGGAUUUCUCCAACGCUGGUCUACCGCCCUGGUCGCAGGGGAGAUACGCACAGAUAUCCUCGCAUGAGCUUACGCACACUCAGUUCCUUGAGAAUAUCCUGGGUGACAAGGCUGAUCAGCCGUGCACGUAUACCUUUCCCGACACCGAUCUGAGGUCAUUCGUGAAGACUAGUAACAUCGUGGAAGCAAUAGCAUCGUCGAUGUAUAUAAGUCUCGUGAAGUAUUUGUCCGAUUCCGUACAUCGAUUUCUAUCGCUCCAUGUUGGAAACUCAACUCAAAUGCGUUUCAGGACUAUCUCAUUUCCAUCAGCUCUAUUCACUCCGUGGAAGCGAGACACUCAGCGUGGAUCAACGCGGACGUGCGUUUGGGUGCCUGCUUGGAGCACGGCAUUUGAUGCGCCACUGAGUCUCAGUCAACUAUACACGGUCAUGAGUGCAUUCAUCACCUCUUGUCCAUCCUCUAAUUCGCAUCCUCCCGUCACGAAAUUUCCUGCACUCACGUUCACCGACAGUCCUCAGCCAGGGCAGACUGUGCAAGUGUCGUUCACGCCCGCAGCUUCGAAACGCGAUUCACAGACGUUGUACGCUUGGUUCAUCUCAGGGUUCAGAGCGCUCGUUGUACCUCUCAACGCCGACAUGACGGUUACCAUCCCGGACGCGCUGCAGGGUUUUGUGUUCUCAGUAAUCACGAACAACAGGGAGAGAGUGUCCGAUGAUGCUACUGUCGCUGGCCCGGCGUUCUUGGUCUUUGAUUAUGACUACCAAGGAAACGGUCAGUCGCUACCUAUGUGA